AUGGCAGCCUGGUCCCGUGAAGCUGUUUUGACUCUUUACCGUGCCCUCAUGCGCCACGGGCAACAGCUGCAAUAUACAGACCGCGACUUCUACGCUGCAUACAUUCGUCGAGAGUUCAGGAACCAGCAGAGACUCUCAAAACUGGAGGAUAAAGAGAGGCAGCUUGAGAAAGGACAGUUUUUUCUUAAGACCAAGCUUGGUGGCUUAGUUUAAUAACUACAGACAUUGAAUUUCAGUUAACC